AUGAUCAGACACAGAGACCCGUUCUCUACAAAUCAGCCACGGUCAUUACCAUAUCGGACUCAUACCUUUGCGGUAUUGAACGCACUCCAUGCAAAACGCAAAGCAGCACAGCUAAACCGCAGAGUGAUACCGGCGAUCAGAGAUACAAAUGAUUACUUCCUAGAACUUCAAAAUGCAUUAGCCGCUAGUCGAAAGGCUAAAACUCCUCGCGAACAUGCAUUAUCCAGGUUUCAGCUGGUCAAGGACUAUUUUAAAGAAAGGACUGCCAGUCCAAAACCCACUGGCAAGACACAUCAUCAAGGACAAGAAUUCUUGGGACCAAAUACACCGGAAGUGAAAAGGGCUCGACACGUAUCUGAGAGGCUGUUUCUUGUGCAGCCAGCUGAACAAAAUUGGCAGCGAGUAGAGGUUGCGAAAAAUCCUGGUGGUACUAAUGCAUGUGUUACCUGGGAUGGGGUCGUCAUCUUAGAACAAGGAGUUCUCCAAUCUUCCUACAGUGAUGAUACUCUAGCUUAUAUUAUAGCUCAUGAGAUGGCUCAUCAUUUGUUGCAACACGUCAAACAAAGUCGCCCGGGAUGGAGGCGGUACAUUAUAUUAUGUGCUCUUUACGCCUUUUUCACUGAUCUGAUGUCUUUUUCUUCGAUCUUGUUGGUCAAGGCAAUAAAAAAACACCUCAAAAAUUGCGCUAUGUUUCAAGCUCAGGAGUUUGAAGCUGAUGAUGAAGCCACGAAACAUAUGUGGAAAGCUGGGUAUAACGGAGAAGCUUGCAUCAAAUUCGCAGAAGCCAGUAUCGAACGAUGCAAUCGGCUUGGAAUUACGUCCAAAUUCGGUGACAAGCCUGAAUUGGAUACACAUCUCAUACUUAGCAAACCAUACGAUUCUUUCAUCUAA